GGUGGACUCACAGACUUAUGGAACAAUGCUAAACAUACAGAUGUCAGAAUAUAUGUUGAAGAUAGGCUUUUUGCAUGUCAUCGUGUUGUGUUGGCAUCAAUGUCAGCUUAUUUUGAUGCUAUGUUUACUUCUGACAUGAAGGAGACCAGAGAAGGAGUUGUUUACCUAAAGAACAUGAAAGCUCACGUUUUUGAUAUGAUCUUGAAGUACAUUUAUAAAGGAGAGACGAGUGAAAUGUUCCCGGAAUUUGCUGUGGAUGUUCUGUAUGCCUCAAGUCUGUUACAGAUUGUAUCGUUACAGGAACUUUGUGAGAAAUACUUCUCUGAUAAUUUGACGUUAAACAGUUGUCUAGAGAUCUGGAGAUUGAGCUGUACCAUGCAUUGUAUCAAUCUGAAGGACAACGCCUGGACGUUUUUCAUGGAUAAUUUCGUUGAAGUCAGCCACACUGACGAGUUUUUAGAGAUGAGUAAGGACGAGUUGCUAUUAGCAAUAAAUGAUGAUAAUAUGAAUGUUGAAAACGAGGAACUGGUUUGUGAUGCCGUGUUACGAUGGUUUGAGCACGACAGGAAACGAGUUUAUUAUCUUUUGGAAAUAUUUCACAAUUUACGAUUAGCUCUGAUGUCUUAUGCUUAUAUUGAUUGCAUUACCCGAAGAAAAGCAUAUAUUGCCGACAAUUCCGAAUGUAGUGAGUUAUUGGAACAAAUGAAACACGUGUCUGCCAGAGCAGAAAUUGUGUAUGGGCAACCACACAUCUUCAGAGAACAUGGUAAAGCAGCUUGUACGUUAUCAAAUGAUAUUUAUGUUUCUGGCGGAACUUCAAGCUUUGGUUCGGCAGAAACGCGGUUUGUUAGAUUUGAGACUAAACGUAACAGAUGGGAAUAUUGUCUUGCCAUGAGGGAACCAAGAUGUUACCAUGAACUGGUGACUGUUGGUCAUUAUAUUUAUACUAUUGGUGGCUUUGCACCAGAAGACGCUGUGAGUAAUGUGGAAAGAUAUGAUACAAUUCAAAAAGAGUGGACACGAAUAGGGAACCUAGCCAUCCCAGUUGGUGGUAUGUCGGCUACUGCAUUAAAUGGAAUCAUCUUUGUAUUUGGAGGA